AUUAGGAUUCCAUAGGGGAGCUGGGGACAGGAGAAUGGGGUGUGCCCUGCUGUCCAGCUUCAGACUCACUCUUUGAGACCCUGGGUUCUGACAAGUUUCCAGAACUGAGAAGACACUCAGAUGUCCAGGUUUGAAGGUUUGUGGAUACCCCCUGGCUGGGCUUCAUGGAGAAUUCUUCACUGAUCACUAACCUGAAUCCCAGAACAGACCCCCUCUUUCCCUGGACAGAAUGAAAGGCCUUCCGUAGCCAGGCAUAGCUGGCCAUCAUGGGGAAAUUGAUCAGAAUGGGGGCACGGGAGAGGCGGUUACUCCGGCCAAAGCGGCUUCAUUGGAGUCGCCUCCUCUUCCUGUUGGGAAUGUUGGUCAUCGGUUCCACCUACCAGCACCUGAGGAGCCCCCGGGGCCUCCCCUCAUUGUGGGCAGCAGUCUCCUCCCAACAUUCCGUAAAACUGGCCAGCCGUGACCUCCCUGACAAUGAGAUGAUGAUGGUGAGCAGUGACCCUCCAAGAGCUAGCUCUGAAAUGGAGGUGCCCCAAGCCACGGUGCCCCAAGCCACGGUGGGCAGGGUUCGUGAAGCAACACCUGGGAUAACAAUGAAGAAUACACACGAUCCACCCAGAAGAACAGCCAACAUCACUCCAACAAUACCCAAGAUUAAGUACACAGCAGGAGACAUAGAAAGAGUGAAGGGAGACAGCACAACCAUACCCAGUGGAGUACUGAGUCACUACACCCCAACUUCAAACAGACCAACAGUGAAGAAUUACACCCCAACACCACCACCCAGGGGAGAAAUGCAGAGCUACAAUCCAAUUCAAGCCAAGGGAAAGGUGAAGAAAUACACCCCAUCUCCACUUGGUAGACUAGUAGGCAAUUAUGCCCCAUCCACACUCAUGACAAUGACAAGGAGACAUGGGGUCACCCCCAGAACAACAGUGAAGGACAGUGAAAUUAUGACAACCACCAAAAUAUUGGAGACUAACCCCUCUAAGAGAAUGGUGGAGGAAACCACCCCAGCUACUCUCAAGGGAAUAAUUAACACCCCAACUUUCCAGAUAAGUGGAAUAGAAACAAACAUCCUGACUUCUCCAAGGAGUAUAACGGAAAAGAACACUGUGACUACCCCCAGAACAGUGGACAGUAAGAGCCCGAUCAAGCCGCGGGGGUUAGUGGGAAAUAACAGGCUGACAACUUCUCUGGGAACGGUCCUUGAGCACACCACAGCCAUCUCUGAGGGGCAAGUGAUGAUAAGCACCAUGACAGGCAGUAGCCCAAAGGAAAUCAAAGCCUCUACUGCUACCUGGAGUGUUAGUGAUCCUUUGUCUAGGACCAGUGCAUUGACCAUGGGAAUAUCCUCAGCUACCUACAGGGGGCUGGCAAAGAAACCUUCCAUAGCACCCGGGACCUCAUCAACCUCCAAGGUCAGGGUGAAUCCAAAGAUCCAUGUGCAUCACUGUGUUUUUGUGGAGCCAGCACCGGCUGUGCCCCCUGCUUCCUCCCCCAACCUGACAACAGCUGCGAUCCCAGAGGCACCCAGUUCCAGUCCCUCAGAGCUGCCCCCUGGCUGGCCAGACCUUCACUCCAAGGCAGAGUACCCCCCAGACUUGUUCAGCAUAGAGGAGCGGCGACGGGGCUGGGUGGUGCUGCACAUCUUUGGCAUGAUGUAUGUGUUUGUGGCCUUGGCCAUCGUGUGUGAUGAGUACUUCGUCCCAGCCCUGGGUGUCAUCACAGAUAAGCUACAGAUCUCUGAUGAUGUGGCAGGUGCCACCUUCAUGGCUGCUGGAGGCUCUGCCCCCGAGCUCUUCACCUCCCUCAUUGGCGUCUUCAUCUCCCACAGCAAUGUGGGCAUUGGUACCAUCGUGGGCUCUGCUGUGUUCAACAUCCUCUUUGUCAUUGGCACCUGUGCCCUCUUCUCCCGGGAGAUCCUCAAUCUCACGUGGUGGCCCUUGUUCCGUGACGUCUCCUUUUACAUCCUUGACCUGAUGAUGCUCAUUCUCUUCUUCCUGGACAGCCUCAUUGCCUGGUGGGAAAGCCUGCUGCUGCUGCUGGCCUAUGCCUUCUAUGUGUUCACCAUGAAGUGGAAUAAACAACUAGAGAUAUGGGUGAAGGAGCAGCUCAGCAGGAGGCCAGUGGCCAAGGUCAUGGCCUUGGGGGACCUCAGCAAGCCAGGCAAUGGGGCAGUUGCGGUGGAUGAGCUGCAGGAAAACAAGAAGCUAAAGCUCCCAGCAAUGCUGACCCGAGGGAGCAGCUCGACCUCUCUGCACAACAGCACCAUCCGCAGCACCAUCUACCGGCUCAUGCUUCACAGCCUGGACCCUCUGGGAGAAGCCCAUCCCUCCAAGGAUAAGGAGGAGGAGAGCUCGAAUCAGGAGACCAAAGCCAAGCCUCAUGCUAAUGCAGAGAACAAACCAGAGGAGGAGUCAGCCAAGCUUCCUGCGGUCACGGUCACACCAGCCCCUGCUCCAGAUGUUGAGGGAGAUCAGGAGGAAGAUCCUGGCAGUCAGGGAGGAGAUGUGGCUGGAGCUGAGAGCACAGGUGAAAUAGUAGCUGAAGAGGGUGAAGCUCCUGGUGAAGGCAAAAAUGGAGAGCAAGGUGGAGGUGAGUCUCAACUGGAAGGUGAAGGUGAAAUUGAAGCAGAAGGAGAAGAAGGUGAACAUGGCAGUGAACUCCAAGCAGAAGAUGAGGACAUGAAAGCUGAUGAAGGUGGAGGUGAAGGUGAACUCCAAGCAGAAGAGGGUGAAAUGAAAGCUGAUGAAGGUGAAAAUGAAGAGCAGGAAUUCAAUGCUGAGAGUCAAGGUGAAGCCAAAAGUGACGAGAAAGGUACAGAUGGUGAAGGGGGAGGUGAUGGAGGUGACAGUAAAGAUGAAGAGGAGGACGAAGAGGAAGAGGAGGACGAUGAGGAAGAGGACGACGAUGAGGAAGAGGAGGACGAUGAGGAAGAAGAGGAGGCAAAUGAGGAGCCUUUGUCCCUGGAGUGGCCCGACACCAGGCAGAAGCAAGCCAUUUACCUCUUCCUCCUGCCCAUUGUGUUCCCACUGUGGUUGACGGUGCCUGAUGUCCGGAGGCUGGAGUCUAGGAAGUUUUUUGUUAUCACCUUCCUGGGAUCCAUCGUGUGGAUAGCCAUUUUCUCAUACCUCAUGGUCUGGUGGGCUCACCAGGUUGGUGAAACAAUAGGGAUUACAGAAGAGAUCAUGGGUUUGACGAUCCUAGCAGCAGGCACGUCCAUUCCUGACCUCAUCACCAGUGUGAUUGUCGCUCGGAAAGGCCUGGGAGACAUGGCUGUGUCCAGCUCUGUGGGCAGUAACAUAUUUGAUAUCACCGUGGGCUUGCCUGCCCCUUGGUUGCUGUUCUCUCUUAUCAAUGGAUUACAGCCUGUUCCAGUCAGCAGCAACGGCUUGUUUUGUGCAAUUGUUUUGCUUUUUCUCAUGCUCCUGUUUGUGAUCUCUUCAAUUGCAUCAUGCAAAUGGAGAAUGAACAAGAUCCUGGGCUUCACAAUGUUCCUCCUUUACUUUGUAUUCCUGAUAAUCAGUGUGAUGUUAGAAGAUCGAAUCAUUUCCUGUCCUGUAUCUGUCUGAGGCAGAGUCACUGUUGCUCACAAUGGACGUGGAUCAGAAAACCAUGCCAGAAGCUACCAUACUUCUUGUUACAUUAACAAAAGAAUGAACAUGGUCCAUGAGAGAGACCAGAGUGGCAAAGAGCCACUGAUGGGAAUGUGAUCGGGGACUGAAUGUUAGCCUUGGAAACACCUGCAGCUCGUUGUGGAUUGUCUCACCUCUGGAGGGAUGGCGUUUUUACCCCUGCCUGAUGUUGGCAGCUAUCACAUGGAGGCCAGUAGAAGGACCUCUGGAGCCAGAGGGUUUUCGGAAUGAGGGAUCAUUUGGGGGUGAGGGCAGGGACAGGCACAGUAGCAGGACAAGCCCCUAUACUCACAGUUCCCUGAUCGUUCCUGAAAGGCUGCUGAUCCAAAGACACAGAUGUGGUCUACACCCCACCCUUUGGCCCCUGUCCCAAGCACACACUGCAACUUGCCGUCCUCUCUUUUUCUGUUUAAAACACGAGGUUCUACCAGGUUUGUAAACAUUACACGUCCAGUUAUUGGUGGGUUUAAGGAGCUAAGACUCGGAAAAAAAAAAGUAUAACAGGAAUCAAUGAU